AUGGGGAACUUGCAUAGGAGUGGAGGCGUAAAGAGGUCAAAUGAUGGUGUGCGUCUCUUUCUAACAACCCUCAUUGGGAUGGUGUUUGGAUAUUGUAUAGGUGUUUCAUUUCCUACUGUUUCUUUAAGCAAGAUUAAUCUGCCUUCAAGUUUAAUAUCAUCUAUUGAUAUGGCUUUUCAUGAUGGCCGCCAUGCAUCUGAUGAUCGUAGUUUUCCUGAAAACCUUGGUUCAGGGAGUACUCCUUUAACACCCAAGAUAUAUGUUCCUACAAAUCCUCGUGGUGCUGAGUCUUUACCUCCAGGAAUUGUUGUGUCAGAAUCAGAUUUUUAUCUGAGAAGAUUAUGGGGUGAACCUAGUGAGGAUCUGAAAAGGAAGCCGAAGUAUCUAGUAACAUUUACAGUUGGUUGGAAUCAAAAGGACAAUAUUAAUGCUGCUGUUAAAAAGUUCUCUGAGGACUUUCAGAUAAUGCUUUUUCAUUAUGAUGGCCGGACAACUGAAUGGGAUAUAUUUGAGUGGUCACAGCGUGCCAUUCAUGUCAGUGUUAGAAGACAAACUAAAUGGUGGUAUGCAAAGAGAUUUCUACAUCCAGAUGUUGUGGCUGCUUAUGACUACAUCUUCAUUUGGGAUGAAGAUCUUGGAGUUGAACACUUCGAUGCUGAAAAGUAUGUACAAUUGGUCAAGAAACAUGGACUAGAGAUUUCACAGCCAGGUCUUGAACCCAACAAUGGGCUGACAUGGCAAAUGACAAAAAGGCGUGGUGAUAGAGAAGUUCACAAGGAUACAGAGGAAAAACCGGGCUGGUGCAGUGAUCCACAUUUGCCUCCUUGUGCAGCUUUUGUGGAAAUUAUGGCUCCAGUGUUCUCUCGAGAGGCUUGGAGAUGUGUUUGGCAUAUGAUUCAGAAUGACUUGGUUCAUGGAUGGGGAUUGGAUUUUGCAUUAAGAAGAUGUGUGGAUCCUGCACAUGAAAAAAUUGGCGUUGUUGACUCCCAGUGGAUUGUCCACCAAGUAAUCCCGUCACUUGGAAGUCAGGGCGAAGCUGAGAAUGGUAAGGCGCCUUGGCAAGGGGACGGCCGUGCCGAGCGACAGAGGACGCUCGCGCCUAGCCCCUUUCAAGCCCGCGAACAGCCUUGCCGAGGACGCUCACGCCGAGCUCCUUCAUGCCGUGGGCGCACCGCGAGCGACCAUGUCGAGCUGCCGCUGAGCUCGGCCAAUGACCGAUCUUUGGAGCAAUCCGUCGUGCAAAGUGCCGAGGCGCAACUUGUGCAAGAUGUCGCGACACGACCCGUCACGCGAAAUGUCGAGCUGUGGACCUCCCGUCCGAGAUGCCGAGCUGUCGACCUCCCGUCCGAGAUGCCGAGCUGUCGACCCGUCGUGCGAGAACCCGAAGUGCUGACCGACGCGCGACCCGACGUGCUAAAUGUCGAGGCGCGAUCCACGACGCGAGGUGCCAAGCUGCGGCCGAGCUGUCGAUCCACCGUGCGAAAAGUCGAGGGGCUAACCGACGAUCGACCUGACGUGCGGAAUGUCGAGGCGCGACCCACAACACGAGGUACCAAGCUGCGGCAGAGCUGCCGACCCACCUACGAAAAGCUGAGGUGCUAA